GCCAUGAAGUAUCACGUUUGUUGCUUUCAGUUGUUUCAUGUAUUCUGACUAUUCGUAGACACUUACACAGGCCGAAAUUAUUAGGGAUUACCCGGUUUUCUGAAUUUGUCGAGGACACGCUACUCGAGGAUUUACUAAACACUUCACUCUAAAUUUGUUUCGUCUGGUUUUGUGACUACCUUGUUUUAUUAUCAAGACUUCUAUCACAUUGAUUUCUUUUUCUAUUGUCUUUUGUCAAACUGCAAAUAGGCAGCAAAUUGUUUUUUACAACAAACAAUGCAAAAUCAUGAGUUUCUACGAGAAUCCAGAUUGCGUGCCUUUGGAGGAACUACAGUUGAAUAUUAAGAAUGACGGGGUGAUUGUUAUAAUAGAUGCGCUGAAUAUGAAGUGGGCAGAUAAGCGUUGCUUUCUAAGUUACAUAGCACCAGAGAUAUACAAUGAAGAUGGGUCAGAAAUUAUGGGUGCUAAGGAUCGUUGGAUGGAAAUUGUGAGUUACAUAAUCGAAGAUCUAAACUGGCUACUGGCUCUUCCAUUUUAUCGAUUCUGGUCCAAUAUUAUAUACAAUACAUCGAUUAUGGAUACAUUAGUUUCUUUUUUACAAGAAGCACCACCUUUCUAUACCUUAGAAAGUUUUCCUGCUAACGUACUUAUCGUCUUCGCGCGUCUUUGCACGAAUAAACAGAGUUCAGCAGAAUAUAUGAACCGUCCAUUUCUUGGAAAACUAUUGUAUAACUAUUACAUAUUCACGAUACCAAUUAUAUUUGAUCUAUGUCAACUAUAUGGUAGAGAAAGUACCAAAGUAGUAGAGAAAAUUGUAGAUAGCGUAUUUAGUCUACAACCGAUGUACAAUGAUGACCUUCAGAAAUCUAUACCAUGCCUUAUAAAGGCUCUCGAAAAUGUUGAACGAAGAUUUGAAAAUUGUCCAAGUAAUGCUACUGAAGCAGUGGCGCUUUCAGAAAGAGGAGACUCUAUUGAAAUGACAUUGUAUAAUUUAGAGGAUUUAAUACUCUAUGUUCUAGAUAUAUCAUCAACUCUUACUAUAUUGUUAAGAGUCUAUCCUCCAGUAACUGCCACAUUUCAUAAAGAUGACUUCAUAAACAAGAUAGUUUCAAUAUAUGGGAGUACUAUACCUGAGAUGUAUAAAAAGUUAGACAAAUUAGCAUAUAGCGAGGAAAAUAUGCCAAAAUACAUUGAAUUGAAGCAUCGUCUCGAUGUAACUAGAGUUGAAAUGUUAAAUCUUUAUCGAAUUAUUAUUUAUGAAUCCAUAUUACAAAUUCAAGAAAAAAUAAAUACAAUAACUGAAAAUGAGAUAAGAAAUUGCGUAGAUAAAUAUUUGGAUUCACUAAUGAAUGCUAUCUCUGAAAAAGAGUUCAUUAUAGAUUAUCAUCAGUUUUACCCAGUUGAUACCGAUCUUCAAAUUAUGGCUAAACUUUAUCCUGAAAUUGAUACAAUAAAAAGCAAAUAUAUAUUAAAGUCAUUGCAUGCAUCGAUUGGAGAUACCAAGAUGUUAGCUAAUGCAUCACUCAAUAAUACAAAUAUAGCUGUUGCUGGAUCUAGCGGUAUUCAAAACAAUCAACAAAAAGAACAUUCCAAUGAUGUAAAUUGCAUGAACAAUAAGAUAGAUUCUGGUUCAAAAUAUCCCGACAACUUAAUGUCUCUUAUUUCGGAAGUAAAAGAAAUUUUGUGCGAUUGUGGUGAAGGUUUUAUACAGCUAUGUUUAGAGAAUUAUAAGUAUAAUAUUGAAUCUGUGGUAAAUGCAGUUCUGGAGGACAAGUUACCACAUAAUUUGAAAGAAUUAGAUAGGACAAUACCAUAUAUACCACCUGAUCCAAUGGAAACAUCGAUUGCUAUGGAUCUGGCUACUGCAAAUCUGGUCAACGAUUUUCAAGAGUUGAAUGUUUCCUACAACGAUAAAUUUGAAGUCACGACAGAGAAAUUUACAGAUGUGUUAGGCGUAAGGAAAAAGAAAGAUAAGUAUAGAAACGCAAAUGAAAUGCUGAACGACAAAUCUGCAAUUAGGGAAGUGAGGAAUAUCUAUGAAAAAUACAGCAUUGUUACCGAUGAAUACGAUGAUGAAUAUGAUGACACGUAUGACAGUCAUGAUAUUCGUAGUAGUGCACAGGAUGAUUCUGCAGAAAUAGAUGCAAGGUCUUUUACUACUCCAAGAGUAUUUCAGACAUUCGAUAAAAAUAAUGCUAGCUCUGAGGAUGAUACAGAGAUAGAAGACGAGAAACCUGUACAAAAUAGUAAUCAUUUUGUACAAGAUCCACGGAAUUACGUGCUAAAGCCGAACAGCGAAAACAAUCAAGAGAAGGUAAAUCCAAAGGUGAUAAGCAAGACAAAAAUGGAUCGGUCAACAGGAGAAAAAAUGUAUACAAGGCUACACAUGGCAAUCAUAAUCGGCGAAUGGGUGCAGAAAUAAAAAGAAAACAAGGAAUGAUCCCAUCUUAAAGCGCAUUUUCGCAAAAGAUCUCACGAUGUAUAUACUGCCAAGCAAUAAAUAUAUUUAGUAUA